AUGAAACGGAUCAACACGAGAGACGUAUUGAGCGAUUUGCGGAAAUCUUCGAAAAAAUGCAAGGAUGAUGUUGAGCAUGAAAUGGAACUGGACAGGACGAGUGUUCAAGAUCAAGAAUAUGAAAGUGAUAAUGAUGAUGAUGAAUUUGAAUCCCCCACCGGUGAUGAAGUUUAUAACGACGAACCAGUGAAAAAUGAUUUAUCUUCAUUAUCCAAUCAAGAUCUGAUGAGACUUGAUUUCGAAAAUAUGUUCACGAACUCGAAAGCAGGUGCGAUUUAUCUAGGAAGUCGUGAUCCUAAUGCGAAAACACACGACAGAAUUGUGAAGUGGGCCGAAAUUGCACUGAAGCAGAAUAUGGACGGGUACUGCGGAAAAAUUGUUUCUGGUACGCACGAUGAUCCGGAAGAAAGGCUAGCUGUGGCAACAUACCAGCGAAUCUUGACGAUGGCUUGCGCGAAAAAGGAGUAA